UUCAGAAAACAAUAAUAUCAGCUACUCACACAGAAUACAGUUGUUUGGGAUCUAAUUAUUUACGGUCCGUACUUCUUGAUCUUAAUUAUGGCGAGUGCGAUGCUUAUGAACUACUUGAAUGGCGCCAAAGUCCUCAUGAAACAAGUUUUUUCCAAACACAAUUCUCUUGAAGUGAUUCCUAAUUUGGAUGGAAGGGUUGCUAUAGUAACUGGAGGGAACAAGGGCAUUGGUCUUGAAACAGUCAGAGGGCUUUGCAAGGCACAGAUGACAGUUAUAAUUGCUUGUAGAGAUACAGCAGAAGCAGAGAAAGCAAUAAAAAAACUAAGGGAGGAGUUGCCUCAAGCUGAAGUGGAAUACAUGGAACUUGAUCUGGCGAGCCUUGCUUCAAUACGGAAAUUUGUAAUGAACUUCAAGAAAAAAGGACUUCCUCUUCACAUCCUUGUGAACAAUGCAGGAAUAAUGAUCCCACCUUACAGCAAAACUGAAGAUGGAUUUGAGCUUCAACUUGGGGUGAACCAUCUUGGACACUUUGCUCUGACCAAUCUGCUCUUAGAUGACUUGAUCAAGUCUGGUUCACCAGAUAGAUGCUCAAGGGUUGUCACAUUGUCAUCUGAGGCACACAUUCCAGGAAAAAUAAACUUUGAAGAUCUCCAGAGCAAAUAUUAUUACUCACCCUAUUCAGGGUAUAGUCAAAGCAAGUUAGCAAAUAUUCUAUUCACUUAUGAACUUCAAAAACGCUUGGAAGAGAGAGAAAGCCCUGUAACAGCUAAUGCAGUGCAUCCAGGAGUAGUCAAUACUGAUUUGUUCCAGCAUAUUCCAUGGAUCAUGAGAAUGCCUCAGAAUGUAUUAGCUUAUUUUCUUUUUAAGACUCCUCAGCAAGGGGCAGAAAACAGUAUUUACAUUGCGUUAUCUCCAGAAUUAGAAAGCAAGGGAGGUAAAUAUUUCGUCAACUGUCAAUCAACACAAUCUUCAGAUGAGUCAUACAGUGAAGAUGUUCAGAGGAGACUUUGGAAAGCGAGCUGUGAGCUUACCGGCAUACCUGAAUGAAACAAUUGACCAUGUAACAAAAUAUUUUUAGAUUAACUUUGCAAAAGGGCAGUUUUCCUUUUUUUUCCCGAAAAAUAACACAAAAACAUUAUUUUCUUCCAGAUUAAGAUCAAACUAAUGCAAAAUACGUAUAUUUAUGAAUUUUAUUACAUAAAAAAUAUUAGAGUCAGACAGUUAUUAUUGUGUUAGAGUUGUGUCAGUGGUAGAACACUUGCGGCUGCGGCAGCAAAGAAAUACUACAAGUGAAAAAACAGGAAAACCAAACGCUAUAGUGAAGCGGUAACACCACUUCAGUUGUUGAAUAUAUGUAACACUAGCCAGACACAGCUGGUGUUAGAGUGCUCUAACACUGGCUAGUCGAGUUUAUCGAAAUCUCAUUGGGACAAGUAAUGAGUUGAAGGAGACGAAAUGAUUAUCAGUCUGACAAACUGGUUCAUUUGAAUCCAAGAGAUUUACUGAUAGUCAUACAAUCAAAAUUUAUCACAUUUUAUUGAUUGUUGACGGACGAAAUCGUAAUAGUGAUGAUUGAGGGGGUUGUGAAUGGAUAAAUGGAUGGAUGGAUGGUUGUACGAACGGCCGGACGGACACAUGGAAGGAUGAAUGAGCUGACUGUCUAAUUGACUUCAUUUUGCUAAUUAAUUGAGUUAUUGAUUUUCUGUGUUUGAGAAAUUUUCUUGACCGUUUCUUCCCAAGAACUGAAGAUCGUUUUUCAAAAAGUGGAACCUUUGAUUACGGUAUUUAUUUGGAGUGGGCAAUUUUAUACGAUACGGGCUGUACAGGCCUUAAAUUUUAUUUCGGGCCCUAUUUUCGCUAUUGCUUUAGUAGUGUUCGUGACUGCGAAGAUCGCUUUCACUUUCAUUUCAUGAACCGCAGGUCACAUAUAUGGUUUUUCAUAAAUUUACAGUCAUUGAUAGGGAUACCAUUCCCUUGCCGCGUUUAAACACUCGGUGUUUUAGUUACUAAAAACGAGAACAAUAAAACACAAAACAAACGAAAAUAAAGGAUUUAUGGUUUUAAUAAGGAAGUCUUUAAACGAUUUACCCUCAGGUCAUUGUAAAAUAUUUUGGCAACGUUUUCCGUUGUCUGGUACAAGGAACUAGUGCUUCUGGUUGAUCACUUUAAGAUAAUCCAUAGUAAGCAAAU